CAUAUGGCACAACUCACGGAUUCCUGCUCUAACCACUCUAGCUCGUGACCUUUUGGGAAGAGAAACAGCGAAAGCGUUGGAGGGUGUAGGAGGGAGUGCGUCCGACUAAUAUUUACGUCACUGAAUCAUCGCAGGCAACUCCACCCUCCUCUAGUGAUGUGCACUACCGCUCACGCUGCACUUCGCUUUAUCGACUGCGGAGACGGGCGGAAGACGACCAGGAGGACUUAUGGCAUACUGAACUCAUCGGACAUGUCUCUUGAUAUGAUUCCUUGUGUUUCCAUACAACACGUCAUAUUCGAGUGGUUGAACUGAUUGUACGAUGGGAUUAAGUUUGGCCAAUAAAUGUAUCUUUUUACUCCUCUUUUUGGAAAUGAUGGCCUCUAAAUUUGACUCUGUAGAUGCGGCAGGGGCAUGUGACGCGGUAUUUAAAGGUUUUUCUGACUGCUUGCUAAACCUUGGGGAAAACAUGGUCAACUACCCUCAGGCCCUCAACGACAGAGAAAACCUUCAGACCCUCUGCGCGUACUGGGAUGACUUUCACUCUUGUGCCACAACAGCUCUUGCAGAUUGCCAAGAAGGAGCAACUGAGGUCUGGGACCAACUUAAACAACAAUCCAGGAGCUUGAACUUUGAGGGAAGCCUAUUUGAACUCUGUGGUGGAAACAGCAAGGCAUUAAAACAAAGCUUCUCUUAUGGAGUAACAAUAAUGCUAACAGCUCUCUCCACACUGGUGACAUGGCUUCUUUACUGAGAUGGGAAGAAAAGAAAACACAAAGCCAAGGACCACCAUUAAGCAACUAUGCCUAAUGGGCAUCUCCAUCACAUAGGAAGCAGUACAUUUAACAGUAAUAAUGGAAUUAUGGCAUGGGACCACAGGCCGUUAUCGCAAAAAAAGUAUUUGUUGUAGUGUGCCCGUUUAAAAAAAAAUUAUGAUAUGCAAAGCACUAUGUCAUGACAAUUGAUUAUACAGUAUUUUCUGCUAAAAUGUAUUGCACAAUUUUGUGUUUUUGUUUGUUGUCAUUUUUGAUGUUGAUCCAAAUAAGUUGAGAGAUAAAUCUAUAGUACGCUGUAGGGGCAUCCACAGAAGAAGUUCAAACUCAGGAAAUAUCAGGUCUUAUUAGCUCACCUGAGGCAAAUAAAUCAAGACCCAAAAUCGACUGCCGUUUACACAGAAAUAACAAGCAAACUUUGACAAUUCAAAAACUGCCCAUAUGUUUUUAUGUGUAUUGCUGUGGUAACAAAAAGAGUCCUAUAUGUGAAUUAUUUCAUUGGCUGGCUGGUUUGCUUGCUUGGAUAUACUUCAUUUUGCACUUUUGAUAUGCUCUACAUGUCAUGCAUUAUUUAUAUGUACAUAUAAUAAUUUAUGAAUAAAUUAUAAAGGCUGUUACUAUCAAACAUGUCUGGCUGACAUAGAGUAUCAAUAUGUUUCUAAAAAUGAAGACUACAGAAGCACUUACAAUCCAAGGGUCAGUUUAUAUACUUUAUAUUUCUGUAUGAAUGUGACACUGGAUAUUUAGCAUAUGUGUGAUGAGCUCUUUCAGAAUAAAAUGUCUGAAAGGUU